CUGUGCACACGGAUUUCAUCAGUCACAUUUUAUUUUGAAGGUUUUGACCGGAGAUGUACGUACACCGUUUACAGCUUGACGUGUGGACAGAUUUCGAUGGCUCUGCAGCCGAAGUUAUAACUGUGGAGCACAAUCUAAGAAACAACUGGAAGCCAGCGUGGUUUACCGAGCUAUGCAUUUCCAGGAGUGGUUAAGGUCACUACGCUACAGCGCUGGACUCAAAGGAUCUGAAUCUGAGGACCUCUGGGGUCUCCUGCCGUCUCUGCCCCUGUCCUCCUUCUCCCUGUCCUCCCUGUCUCUGUCACCCUCCUCUCUGCUGGGUUUAGGAGCCCUCGCCUCUCUCACCGCGUACUGGCUGGUCACCCGUCCUCGACCCAUGCGUCCUCCCUGUGAUCUGCAAGCCCAGUCUGUAGCUGUGAACGGAGAUCCCAGCUGCAGACGAUCGGCUCUACUUAAAGAUGACUCACUCCUUGAGUUUUACUACGAUGACACAAGGACGGCCUAUGACAUGUUCCAGAGAGGCCUGAGGAUUGCAGGAAAUGGCCCGUGUCUUGGCUUCAGAAAGCCAGGGCAGCCGUACGAGUGGAUCUCCUACACUGAGGUGGCGGAGCGGGCACAGGUGCUCGGCUCUGGGCUGUUGGCCAAAGGCUGCCAGCCAAACCCGCAGCAAUUUGUUGGGAUUUUUGCACAAAACAGACCAGAGUGGAUCAUCUCAGAGUUAGCCUGCUACACCUACUCCAUGGCGGUGGUGCCACUGUAUGACACGCUGGGGCUGGAGGCCAUGGUCCACAUACUCAACCUGGCGGAGAUCUCUCUGGUGAUCUGUGACCGGGAGGAGAAGGCAGCGUCUUUGUUGGAGAACAAGGAGAAAGGCGUGACUCCGACACUCUCCUGCCUGGUUCUAUUUAACAAUUUCAGCGAUGCUUUUGUGGAGAGGGCAAAGAACUGCGAGGUGGAGGUUUUGAAGCUGGAGCAGCUCAUGGAACUGGGAAGGCAGAACCUCAAAGAUCCCAUGCCGCCCCAGCCUCAGGAUCUGGCCGUGGUUUGCUUCACCAGUGGAACCACAGGGAAGCCCAAGGGAGCCAUGAUCACCCACGGCAACAUCGCCUCCAACACUUCCUCUGUCAUUAAGAUCCUGGAGGGUUCGUUUGUGAUCCGACAAGAGGAUGUGUCGAUCUCUUACUUGCCGCUUGCCCACAUGUUUGAGAGGAUGAUUCAGGUCUCUAUGUUCUGCCACGGGGCCAGAGUAGGGUUCUACCAAGGCGACAUUUCUCUCCUUAUGGACGACAUAAAAACCCUCAAACCAACCUUCUUCCCUGUUGUGCCACGGUUACUCAAUCGCAUCUAUGACAAGAUCCUAGGUUCUGUGACCUCUCCGCUGCGACGGGCUUUGCUUCACUACGCAGUGAGGAGAAAGCAGGCGGAGCUCAGCAGCGGGGUUGUACGUAACAACAGUCUGUGGGACAAACUGGUGUUUAACAGGAUUCAGGCCAGUUUAGGGGGUAAUCUGCGUUUCGCCCUGACUGCUUCAGCACCAAUCUCCCCCACUGUGCUGUCCUUCCUCAGAGCCACUCUGGGCUGCCUGAUCUUUGAGGGCUACGGGCAAACAGAGUGCACUGCAGGCUGCACGUUCUCCAUGCCCGGAGACUGGAGCGCAGGUCAUGUAGGUGCUCCCUUGCCUUGUGCAAAAGUGAAGUUGGUAGACAUUCCUGAUAUGAACUACUAUGCAAAGAAUGGAGAUGGAGAGAUUUGUAUUAGUGGCCCCAGUGUGUUUAGGGGCUAUCUGAAGGACCCAGAGAGGACGGCCGAAGCCUUGGACAGCGACGGCUGGCUGCACAGCGGGGACGUGGGCCAGUGGCUUCCCAACGGGACGCUACGCAUCAUUGACAGGAAGAAGCACAUUUUCAAGUUGUCUCAAGGAGAGUACAUCGCUCCAGAGAAGAUAGAAAAUGUCUACAUGCGUUGUGUUCCUGUGCUACAGGUGUUUGUGCACGGAGAUAGUUUACAGUCUUAUCUCAUAGGCAUAGUUGUGCCUGACCCAGAGGUAUUCGUUGACUGGGCGAAAGAGCGGGGAUUUGUGGGAUCCUAUCAAGAGUUGUGCCAGAAUCCUGAUUUAAAGAACACAGUAUUAGAGGACAUGAAAGCUGUGGGGAAGGAAGCAGGACUGAAGUCUUUCGAACAAGUGAAGGACCUUUAUUUGCAUCCCGAGACAUUCAGCAUUGCCAACGGCCUCCUCACCCCCACACUGAAAAGCAGACGUGCCGACAUCCGGAGAGUCUUUCAGGAACAAAUAUCAAACAUGUACAGCAAGACGGCCAUUUGAAUGACAGUAAUUCACACACAACACCCAAGGGUUACAAGUGUCCAGUAAGGGUUAAAACGAAACAGGGACCUCAGUCAAAUCAUGUUCGUCCAGCAGUGCCUUAUUUUAAAAUAUACAAUAUAUUUUGGAAUAUUGGUAUUUUGCAUCAAAGAAGUUUUAAUUCACGUCCACCUCUCGCACACGUGUAAUGUAUUAACUUCACAUGAAAAAUAACACAGAAUGGGACCAAACCAUUUUUUUUUUAAAAUUCCAAUCCCACUUUGUUUCUAGUAAGAGUUGUGAUUCACGGGGAGAUUUUACUGAUAAGUUAUUGUCUAGUUGUAGAGAUGAAAAUCACAGAAGUUGUUAAAACUUUCAGAGAUGUAAAGUUAGACAUUAAAUUCACGCUGCUCUGUUCGUGUCUCAUACAAGGAUUUUGAAAAGGAACGCUGAUGUGUAUUUGGUGCAUUGUUGCUUGUAGAGCUUCUUUAACUGUAGGUUUGUAUUUUACAGUUGUCGGGCCCUUAUAUCAGCAUGACAUAAGCUUCUGGUUCAAUGCUCGUGCAUUUUUCUAAUCGGUUCUGGAAGAUUUCAUAAAUCAGUGAGAGCAUGUAAUCCUUCAGCUGAAGUUAAAUCAUCAAAUCUAAUGAGGGUUUCAAGCAGAACUUUUCUGGAAAAGAAAGGCUGAAUUGUAUAUACUGCUUAUUUUCAGAUUUAUCGACAGGAAACUACUGAGUAAUUCCUGUAAAGUCAAAUCGAACAGAAAUAAAAAAUACUAAUUGAA